AUGUCUUCAAAAGAAUCCAUCCCAAUGGUGAAAUCUGAUGAUAAUAAGUUUUGGAAGCUGGAUAUGUUGGCAGAACUUUCGAAAAAGGUGUUAGAAGAAAAAGAGAGAGCCAGUGGCACGGAGAAAUCUUCUUCGACACCACCACCCAAGUGGCUUAUGGAGGUGAUGAUGAAAGAAAAGAACGCACACGAUCCAAAACUGAUCAUAGAGAAGAGACUGCACGCGAGCGAUCUCAGCAAAGUCCAAUCACGUCUCUCAAUGCCUAUAAACCAACUGCUUAGUUCGGAUUUUUUGACGGACGAGGAGAAAACAAUCCUACACGAACCGGCGCCAGAUCCGGUGAAAAGUACUCGUAAAGAAGGCAGCAAAAAAGGCGUGAGUGUGGUCCUGGUGGAUCCUCUGUCAAAAAGGCAUGAGGUUGAGAUAAGGAGGUGGAAGAUUGGUGCAUGUUGGAGCUAUGUAGUGGUUGGUGGUUGGAACAAUGUGAUUGACAGGAACAAGUUUGAGGUGGAUGACGUCACUGUGAUAUGGUCGUUCCGAUAUGGAGGAGGUAAACUAUGUUUGGCUCUCUCUCCUCUGGUAAGAGAAUCUAAACACUCCGGUCAGAGCAGCUCUCGUCGUUCCUGA